CCGAACGAAUGAGAUUUUCUUUUCCGGUGCCAAUUGUCAAAAGUUUCAGAAAAUUUUCUGCUCAGUUCGGUGUCCCGAGCCAAUUUAGCCCUUGAAAAGUCACUGGAAGACGCCUAAAAUGGCUAAAAAGAAAGGCGAUAACUACGAUAGCGACGGGAGCGAAGGGCAGGAUUACGACGAGGAGCCGGAUUUCGAGGAUCCGGAAGGUUUCGUUGACGAUAUUACCGACGAAGAACUGCUUGGAGAUUUUCUCAAGCAAAAGCCCUGCGAAUCGGACGGAGUUGAAAAUGUCAUCGUGGUGGACAACAUUCCGGUGGUUGCCGCGGAUCGUUUCCCUAAGCUGCAAGGUGUAUUGGAGAAACUCUUCAAAAAUGCUGGAACUAUUGUCAACAUACACUACCCUAAGGACGCUGAUGAUAAAACCCGAGGAUAUGCCUUCAUCGAGUUCAAGAAUCCGGAAAUGGCCGAGGAAGCCGUCAAGGCGUUCAAUAAUUACCGUCUUGACAAGUCCCACACUCUGCUGGUUAAUCUGUUUUCCGAUUUCCAAAAGUAUUCUGAUAUCCCGAAAGAAUGGACCCCGCCGAAACCGCAAGAGUAUGAAGUCCGCAACGAUCUUUAUACGUAUUUAUCGGAACCGGAUGCUCAGGAUCAAUUUUGCGUAGUGGCCGAGGCCACUCCCGGUGCCGUGCAGGUACAGUUUUGGCAGAACACCCUGCCCGAGCCUGUUGAGCUAUUAACCCGUGAUCGCUUUACUGAAACCUACGUGAAAUGGUCACCCCUAGGGACCUACAUUGUAACCUUCCAUAAACCCGGUGUGGUUAUCUGGGGUGGAGCUAACUUCACGAAGAUCAAUAAAUUCCCCCAUCCCGGUACGCAAUACGUGGACUUUUCGCCUUGUGAACAGUAUUUGGUGACCUAUGGACCAAACGGUCAAAAAAUCUGUAUAUGGGAUAUCCGCACUGGCGCUGAGAAACGUUCGUUCAUUUCGGAUGGUUCCUCCAACAUGUCAAUGUUCCGAUGGUCGCACGACGAUAAAUACGUCGCCCGAAUGGGGGACAAUGCUAUUCAUGUCUACGAAACUUCCAAUUUCUAUCUACUGGACAUGAAAUCGAUCAAGGUGCAAGGAAUACGGAACUUUAGUUGGUCACCCACGGAUAACAUUAUUGCUUACUGGAUGUCGGAAGAUAUUGAUGCCCCAGCUCGUGUGACAUUGUUGGAAAUUCCUAAGAAAAUUGAAAUUCGAAAUAAGAAUUUGUUCAACGUAGCCGAUUGUAAGAUUCAUUGGCAGAAGUCUGGGGAUUACCUAUGCGUCAAGGUCGACCGAUACUCUAAGCUGAAAAAAGACAAGAAGGAUGCCGACGUUAAAUUCCUCGGAAUGUUUUAUAACUUUGAAAUUUUCCAUAUGAGAGAGAAGGACAUACCCGUUGAUUCAGUGGAAGUUAAAGAAACUAUUCUGGCAUUUGCAUGGGAACCAGUUGGUUCGAAAUUUUCCAUCAUUCACGGUGAACCAUCAUCCGCCAACGUUAGUUUUUACGAAGCUAAGAAGGGACAGGAACCAACAAUGUUGAAAAAAAUGGAAAAGAAGGUUUGCAGUCACCUCUUUUGGUCUCCUCGAGGACAAUUUAUUGUUCUAGCAAAUCUUCUAAUGGGCUCCUUCGAAUUUGUUGACACGAAUGAUUUUACCAUAAUGAAAUCUGGAGAUCACUAUCGUGCUUCCGAAGUUGAAUGGGACCCUACAGGGCGCUAUGUCGUAACUGGAACUUCUGGAAAAGUAAAAGAAGAUCAUGGGUACUAUAUUUGGUCGUUUCAAGGCAGAAUACUUCGGCGCGUAAAUCUCAAAAAUUUCAUCAUGUUUUUGUGGCGUCCUCGGCCACCAACGCUGCUAUCGGAUGAACAGCAGAAGGACAUCCGCAAGAAGCUGAAGAAAUAUUACGCACAAUUCGAAAGCAAGGAUCGGGUACGCAUGACGCGUGCUUCCAAGGAACAGCUAGAAAAACGCGCCAAACUGCGUGAGCAAUUUGUUGAGUACCGCACGAAGCGCGUUAAGGAAUGGGAAGAUCAAAAGUAUCGCCGUUUGCAAUUGCGAAAUAAUAUCGAUACCGACGCACUGGAGUCUGAUCCAGACAAUGUAGAAGAAGAAAUAGUUGAAAUUCUAGUUCGCGAAGAUACCACGUUGCUCGAGUAGUCCGUAUAAGGCAACACUAUUUGAGCGAUUAUCCAAAUAUUCUGAGAUAAUCACAAGCGUUGCAGAACAUUUUUAUGACUACAUCGCCUCCGCGUUUCUAGAACUACGAGAGGAACAUCCACCCAAGACCUCCUCUCGCUUUGCUAGAACUUCUACGAGUAAAUAAUUCAUAAUACACUAGUUCAACACGUUUUAAGAUUGCGUUGUCUUCUUUUGGAAAAUAAUAUCGGACAAAAGUGCUUAGCUCAGCUGUAUGAGUGUUUGUGUUUGAAGUUUUUUUUACAAAAGAAACUCCAACCAAUUUCAAAACACAAAAAUUGUUCACAAUCUUGUGUGUCGUCGUCGAUAGGUGUUCGCAGUAGUUAAAAUAUAUCUUUUAAUUUCUUGGCUUUUGUAAAUUGAUGGAAACAAAUUCAAAAGUUAUACAUAAUAAAUAUUUCAUUCUAGUGUAUUGUGUA